CUAGGUUUCGUUUGCCUUUCCUCUUUUUUUUUCCCCUCUUUUAUCGUUUAUUUUUCUCCUCCUCCGCUUACAGACACUUCCCCCUCGCUUAUUGCUCCCCUUGUUAGGGUUUUUGCUUUCUCUCGCUUAGGGUUUUUGGUCGGCAACCGCAACCCUCACGAGAAUGAGCAGCAACAAGGACAGCUUCAACGUCGCUGAUCUCAGCACUGGUGAGCAGACUCCGUUUCUGGAAAUUCUUGACAGAGCUGACCUUGUUAAUGCUCUAAAGAAUAAACUUCAGGAUCUUGCUGGUAAGCACUCGGAUGUGCUAGAGAGUUUAUCCCCCAAUGUCAGGAAACGUGUUGAUGCGCUGAGGGAAAUCCAGUCUCAACAUGAUGAUUUGGAGGCAAAGUUUUUCGAGGAAAGAGCAGCACUUGAAGCUAAAUACCAGAAGCUGUAUCAACCACUUUAUACCAAGAGACACGAAAUUGUAACUGGUGUGGUUGAGGUUGAAGGAGGUAUAAAUGAUACAGAGGCAACAAACCAGGCGGACGGAGAUGAGAAAGGAGUUCCGGACUUCUGGCUCACCGCAAUGAAGAACAAUGAGGUGCUUGCUGAAGAGAUUAAUGAGCGUGAUGAAGGGGCUUUGAAGUUCCUCAAUGAUAUAAAGUGGUCCAGAAUUGAUAACCCUAAAGGGUUCAAGCUAGAAUUUUUCUUCGACACCAAUCCUUUCUUCAAGAACUCUGUUUUGACUAAAACUUAUCACAUGAUUGAUGAAGAUGAACCUAUUUUGGAGAAAGCAAUUGGGACGGAGAUAGAGUGGUAUCCCGGAAAAUGUUUGACACAAAAAAUUCUGAAAAAGAAGCCGAAGAAAGGAUCAAAAAAUGCCAAGCCAAUUACUAAAACGGAACAAUGUGAAAGCUUCUUCAACUUCUUUAGCCCACCCCAAGUUCCUGACGAGGAUGAUGAUAUUGAUGAAGAUGCUGCUGAGGAACUCCAAAAUCUAAUGGAGCAAGAUUAUGACAUUGGGUCGACCAUUCGAGACAAAAUCAUUCCUCAUGCUGUAUCAUGGUUCACGGGAGAGGCUGCCGAGGAUGAGUAUGGUGGUAUUGAAGACGAUGAGGACGAUCUCGAUGAAGAAGAUGAGGAUGAUGAGGAGGAUGAGGAAGAAGAUGAGGAAGAUGAUGACGAUGAAGAGGAUGAAGAUGAAAGCAAGACCAGAAAGAAGCCAUCAGCCCUGCGCAAGAAGGGUGGAAGAGCACCCGCUGGUGAGGCGCAGCAGCAGGAGGGUGAAAGGCCUCCAGAAUGCAAGCAACAGUAGCUUUGAAUUAUGGCUGUUAGAUUUUGACAUUGUUGUGGCUUCGUUUGUGUGGGAAUAUGUGAAAGAUUUUUUCUUUUUGUUUCUAAAGUAGAACAUGUGAGAUUGAUUAUUAGCUCUGGCAAGUUUUGAGUCAUCACACAUCUGUGUAUUUAUGGGCCGCCUUUAGAGUACUUCCUCCAUCUUUCUGUUCAUCAGUUGAAAUUUAUAUCGUUUCAGUUUUUUGGUCAGAGAAGUGGUUAAAUAGUUAGAAAUGUCGUGUGAAUUUUCUGUCUGCUGCUGGUUGGGACAAUGGGUCUGAUGUCUACCGAAAGCUCAAAGUAUAGCUAUAAUUUAUUAGUUAUGGUAUU